AUGGUGCGCCACAAGAAGGACAACUUUUCAUCGCGGGGCAAGCACAUCCAUCGAGGACCGCCGCGGGGCUCUGCUCGACGACUCGAGGCUGCCGACGGCAGCGACAACCACCACAACGACGGCGAUGAGGGCCAGCCCCAAAAUUUCGCGCGGCCCGUCUUCAAGGCAGCCUGCUGGGACUUGGGCCACUGCGACCCUAAGCGCUGCUCGGGCAAGAAGCUGAUGAAGCUGGGACUGAUGCGCGAGCUGCACCUCGGCCAGCGCCACUCGGGCGUCAUCAUCACUCCCAAUGGCAAGACGGUCGUGUCGCCCGCAGACCGGCCCCUGCUCGAGCAGUUCGGCGCCGCCGUUGUCGAGUGCUCGUGGGCCCGCACCAAGGAGGUCCAGUGGGGUAAGGUCGGCGGCAAGUGCGAGCGCCUGCUGCCCUACCUCGUCGCCGCCAACUCGGUCAACUACGGCAAGCCCUUCCGCCUAAACUGCGUCGAGGCCCUGGCUGCUGCCUUCGCCAUCUGCGGCCACCUCGACUGGGCCCGCGACGUGCUAGCUCCCUUCUCGUACGGCUCCGCCUUUCUCGAGAUCAACUCGACGCUGCUGAGAAAAUACGCCGCCUGCGAGGACGCAGCCGCCGUCAAGAGGGCCGAGACGGAUUGGAUGGAGCGCCUGGAGAAGGAAUAUGCCGAUAGCCGAGACGAUGGCGGUGAUCCGUCAGCUGAUCUCUGGGAGGGCGGCAACGUCAAUCACCGACGGGUGAUGGACUCCGACGAUGACGAAGACGACGAAGAUGACGACAAAGAUUCGCAAGACGGCAGCGAUGGUGAGGACGGCAGCGUAGACCGAAUCUAUCUCGGGAGCAAGCCGCCGCCGCUCCAACCGGGCCUAAAAGACAAAGACCCCUUCGCGAUAUCGGACGACGACGACGAAGAAGAGGACGACGCGGCAGAAAUGGAGGCGAUCCGCCGUAAAAUCCUCGCGUCGAAGCCGUUCGCAAGAGACCCUGGGGACGAGGCCGACGGGAAGAAGACGAUCAAAGCGCCCGAGGCCAUCCCGCGCCUUGCACCACCACCGCCGUACCACCAGCAACAGCAGCAGCAGUUCAAGCCCGACUCGGACGCCGAGCCCGACUCGGACAACGGCUCGGACAACGACGGGAUUGGCGACGACGAGUUCGACAACAUCAUCAACGCGACGCCCGUCACGGACAGGAUAGGGCUCGCCAAGCUCGAGAAGGAGCGCGCACUGCACACCACGACCACCCGCACGUUUUCGUCGGCCACGAUAUCUGCGCCGAAGAGGCGGUGA